AUGCACACCGGCGACAGGGGAAACCGCACCGCCGAGUACACGAAGGCUCAGGAUAUGUACGGAAAGGACAGGUCAAAUCUGGCCGAUAUUCUGUUAUCUGGCAAGGGCAUGUAUGAGGCACCUGAUGUCCCAAGUCUAGAAGACGUCGAGAAGCUAUACGGUGAAGUGUUUGAAGACGAUGAACCAGUCAGCAUUGAGAAAAGGGGUGCAUCUACAUUUUACCCCAUCUCCUUUGCUGAACUAUCUGGUACCCCGGCUCCAGUACGGCCAUCAGAGUACUUCAGUCACAGGGGCUAUUCUGAAGGAUGUGGACCGGUUGGUGCGCGGUGCGGUAAAACGUGUCGUGCAUCUUCUGUGACCGCUGUUAAAGGAAAGAGUGUCAGAGAGGAAAAGAAUGUAAAUAGACCAGGAUGGAGGGCGCCAAAGAGAGUACACAGUUUGAUGGUCACAGCGAAUGAGCAAUCCAAGCCACUAAUAGCGAUAUUUUACCCAAAACUAAACGAAGCCGACAAGGCAGUUUUAAGGCAUAAUUUCAAGAUUUUCAUACAAGAAGAUUCGCCGAUGGUCAGAAGAGGAGCAGCAUUAGCUUUUGAGGACUUCAUAUCGGUAGUCGAAGACGAGUUUGUGAGACAUGAAUUUGUUCCUAUGUUUUGCGACAUCGCAUUGGAUCCUAUGGAAGCAAUUAAAUGCAUCUCGAUAGAUAUAGCAAUCGCUUUGGCAAAACGACUAGGUGAAAGUCCUUUAAACGAAUCGAUUUUCAAGACUAUAGAAGCUGCAAGUGGUAAGUACUUGGUUAACAUUUAAUAAUUUAUUCACAA